UCCAAGCAAGCCUGAUUCUACAUUUCCUUUCAUCUAAUUAAUUCAAACUGUAGGCUAUUUAGUAUUCAUUUUAAGACAACAUGAAGACGAAAUUUAUCAACGGGGUGUCAUCCUCCCCUUCUAUGUCGUUGGGUUUGUUGAUCACUGAAAAUGCACUUGAGGUCCAGCCAGACACUGAGGAUGAAUGCAAGGACAUCAUCCGGCCGGAUGAGCCCGACCUGGACACGAAGCGUAAGGCGUAUUUAUGGUGCAAAGAAUUUCUCCACGGUGCGUGGAAAACGGUGACAGAAGAGGACUUUCAAAUCAGCUUAAUAAGGUAGAUAUAAUCUUUGAGCACAUUCACCAUUAUUUAUCAUGAUUUAUUUUUCAUAUAUAACUUAUCAUGAUUUAUUUUUCAUAUAUUACACAGAGAAACAGUUAUUUGCUGCGUUUGCAACUGCACAGGAUACAUUUUUCUCUCCCUAGUCAUGAUGGUAUGGAGGACCAAACCUGCCAUAAUUAUAAAUGAAUAAAUAAAUGCACACAUAAAUAAAUGAAUAAAUAAAUCCAUAUAAAUAAAUGAGCAAGGAAAUACAAAAAUACGGACCAAAAUGCAUUCAUUUUUCUCUACAUGUCUGUAUGUAUUCAAGUAUUUAUUGAUCUAUUAUCUAAUUAUUCACACUUCAAUUGUAUUAAUUUAUAUAUUUAUUUAUUUAUUUCUUCCUCCAAUAUGAUAAUGAUGGGGGGGGGGGGGGGUGUCAAUCAAACGUCUGUGGGUGGUAUCUAACACACUAUUGGUUGAUCAAUUUCACUGAGUGUUGCUUUUUUCUGGCUGAUGGUCUGAAAAGUAAACAAUCAAACUACACACACUUGAGAGAUUUACAACUGGUAGAUAACUACAUUUUUACAUUUUACAUUUUAGUCAUUUAGCAGACGCUCUUAUCCAGAGCGACUUACAGUUAGUGAGUGCAUACAUUAUUUUUUUUCAUACCCCCGUGGGAAUCGAACCCGCAACCCUGGCGUUGCAAACGCCAUGCUCUACCAACUGAGCUACAUCCAUGCCGGCCAUUCCACUGCGCCACUCGGGAGGUUACAGUAGCCCACUUCUUCUGGCAAGUAGUAUGGCUGCAAUCAGUAGCUAGAGAUUUGGCAGUGAUGGCUAACGCUGCUGAAAACAACACCUCUCCAGAUGACCUGCUUUUCCGUGUGGAGGUGUAACGGAGCUCUUGAAAACUUGAAAACUCUAGACGGCAUUCUGCCUUCUCCCUACAGUUCUGAGACAUUAGUUUCGCCCACGACUGCCUAAUGUUUACUACAAUCCGGACGCUGUGUUUUAACGUUUGGAAACGUCAAUAAUCAUCGCUUGCAAUAUGGCUUUUGAAACAUAUGGCCCUUAGCUUACAUCAGCGAGAAAUAAUCCUUCAAAUAAAAAAGAUACACAUAGUGUAGCAGUUUUGCACAGAUCCAUACAGCUAUGUGUGCCUCCAUCCAAUGAAACUACACUUCCCGAGCUUACACACGGGUGUUCGGAGAAUGCUAGAUAGCUACAUAGCACAGGUGGUCACCUCUUGUCUUCCAUCUGUUUUCAGUAAACAAACGCUGUAACAUGGAGAUAUGGCCAUGUGGGAACACUAACCCUAUCAAGGUGUGUCAAUUUAACCUUUUGUGUUAAAAAAAAUAUUUAUUGCUGAUAUGAAAGAUAAGUUCCUUAUGCUUUCAAACCCGUACCGCAAAUGAUACAUGUUAAUGUUCAGACGGAUCUUAACAAAGCUCCCCCAUACAGAAGACGCCUUCGUCCAAUGACACUUAUGUGUAAUGUAAUGGAACUGAGAGUCAUGAUCAAGGGCUAAACGGAGGUAAGAACAUACCAUAACCUCACUCCACAGCUACCUUGAAAUGUAACCGAUGGAGCUAUCCAAUUGGUUCGCACGUUGUCAAGCUGGCAGUCACAUGUUGGCGAUGUAGAGGACCCUCGUUCAAGCCCAGACAGUGGCAAAUUCAAGGAGGCAGCGCUAUAUGCUAAACUAGCACACUGACCCUGAUUAUAAGGGCAUGCAUCGAAAACUUGGGUCUAGCUGUUACAACGGGCACAGAGGUGAACCCGUUAGUUCUUUGGAGGAAGUUGCCCAACGACUUAACCAGAGUUCAGGUGAUAACAGAGAGUCCUGGUGCAACACACCAUAUACAAUCGCCCUCUGGGCCACCAUAAUCUCACCGUCUUUCAACUGGUCGUUCAGUACAGUACCGUUUCUGUUUAAUUUAAUGUUGAACACUGUUCUGUUGUACUGAACGCACCCCAGGCAAAUGCAAUCGAGCAACGUGCCGUGACAUUGAAUAACCAAUGGUUUGCUAGAUACAUACGUUACCUUGACACCCCCUCAUCAUCAUAUUGGAGGAAGAAAUACAGAAAUAAAUAAAUGAAAAAAUAAUAUAUAUUUAUAAAAUGAAUGAAAGUGUGAUUCAUUAUUUAAAUAAUUAUUUAUCUAUAUGUGUUCAUUCAUUCAUUCAUUUAUCUAUUUAUGUGUGCAUUUAUUAAUUUAUUCAUCUAUUUAAGUGUGCAUUUAUUUAUUUAUAAUUAUGGCAUGUUUGGUCCUCCAUAUGAUGGUGUCCAGUGGUAUGAUAGGGUUUAAUAAACAGAGAAUAUGAUACUGUGAUAAACCUAAGUAAUGUAAUUUCAAAUUAAAACGAUUCCUUUGCCCAUAUGGGAUUGUAUUGUGUUUUUGUUUUUAAAGGCCCAGUGCAGUCAAAAUUCUGUUAUUCCGGUUUUAUAUCAAAUUGUACAACAGCCGUUGAAACUAACACUGUCAAAGUGUGAGAAAAAAUGUUUUCCUGAUAGUUGCUGGCAGGAGUUUCGGCUUUCCAUGGUGGUAAAUUGGUUAAUAGACCAAUAACAAAGAGAGUUCCAAACCUCUCUGCUAAUAACAGCAAAUGUUCAGUUUAUCCCUCCCCAUUCAGACCACUCCCAGACAGUCCAAGCAGAAAUCUUGCUUGAGAAAUAGUUUUUUGCGAAAAAGCAGUUUUUUUCCCAUUUGAAUGGAAGUCUAUUGCAGUAAGGUACUUAAUUGUUACCCAGAAAUGAUUUGAUAUUGAUAUAAAAACAGCUGCAUUGGGCCUUUAAAGCAUCACUCCUUAUUGGGCUUUUUAUCCUAGAAUAAAACCGUUAUUUAGGCUGCCACAUUCAUUGGCCUAAUCAAAAUUCUGGCGAUGGGAAAAUGUGACGCUUCUAUGAGCUACAUUCGUUUUUUUUGUAAUGUUGUGACAGGGGUGGCCUCAGCAACAAGCUCUUCCUCUGUGCCCUGCCCGACACCCAAACCAGUGUAGUUGAUGAACCCCGCAACGUCCUCCUGCGCCUGUAUGGAGCUAUUCUACAGGUGUGUAUGACAUCUAUAAACAGACAAUGAAAUGUUGAGUGAGUCAGUCACAUCUUACCUAACACAUGUUUUUGUCACACAAUGACCAGUGUAUAAAACAUACAUUUAACAUAUUGUUUGUUUGAAUUUCAUUGACUAAGCUGGUUAUCAAUAUCAUGUCUCAAUGAAAUGAAAUGCACCCAUAUACAGUGGAAUCCAAAAUUAUUUAGACCCUUUAUAAGAUUGAAGAACACCCUUUAUAAAGAUUUUAUACAGUCAUUUUUGCUCAUCUUUAUCAAGGGUGUCAAUAAUUUCGGACCCCACUGUAUGUGUUGGGUGUCCUUUGAAUUUUCUCUUCAGUUUAACUGAAAAAUCCCAUCAAUGUUCUUUAGGCUAAAUACGUAGCCUACCGAAAGGCCCAAUCUUGGACCCUUAAAGUUAAAUUUGAUUUAACCUGAUUUUCUGGUCAUGUUUUAGAAUAGAAUAGAAUGUGAUAAUAUAAAAGUUUAGGAAAAUACAUAGCCUACAUGUAUUCCCUAGGCUUUGCUGCUGGAAUUUGGGGUUUGACAGAAGGGGAAGGAGAUAUCUUCUUCCUCAAACAUCUUCUUGUGGAAAUACCCUCUGGGGCAAAUACCCACAUGAUGGGUGGCUCAAGUCGUGUGUGCAUGUGUGUUGGUGUGCGUGUGCGUGUGUAUUUGUGUGUGUGUGUGUGUGUGUGUGUGUGUGUGUAUCUGCUGUUGUGGUGUGAUGUACCCCCAUGGCUGUACAUGCAUAUGCUCUUUGCCGUAGGCCUUCCAAAAGGAGCGUGCCUUGAGCACACUUGUUUCCAGGUGAUUCCACCAUACCAUACACGGUACAGUAUGAGAUCCCUGAAGUCUCAGUAUUGUCCACAACAAAGUUAAUCCAUAUUGUUAUGGAAGGCAGCUUGUGAAUUGAUGCACUUGUGAAGAUAUGGGGGGGGGGAGUAAUGAUAAGAACUAGUGGUAACUAAAUGUCGUAAUCUAUAAGGGUUGGUGUGAGGUGUGACCCAGGUGCGGUGCAGGAUAGGCAGUAGGCAGAGAUGGUGAAACAAGGAUCUUUACUGGUGGUCCCAAAACCAGGACACAAAAUAACAGACUUGUCAUGAUAAAAUAAAGGAGGAGCAAAUUGGUCUCCAAAAACAGGCUGACAGCAAACAUACGAAAUACUAACUACGACUGAAAACAACAAUGAAACAGGGAGAACACUUCUCAAGUACCUGUACCUACGUCUCACGAUCAGAUACUGAUUAGUACUGUUUGGCAUUGAGAAACUAGCAGAGAAAACUGAGCAAGGGAACACAGGGAAGUGAGGGCAUAAAUACACAGGUGAACAGGUAGACACAGGUGACACCAAUAGGAUAAUGAUUAGUCCAGACAGUGAGUGAGGAGGUGCCUAAGGCUGUCGGAGGAUGACACCUAGUGGGUAGCGACCCCCUCCUGUAACAGUCAUCUAGUUUAGUUUUUGCAUCAUGAGCUACUGCCAAAUGACACAGGGGGAUAUCAUUCCUGAUGACGUGUCACUAGGUCCACAUUGCAUUGCUCAUAGAUCACAUGAUGGGAGGCUAGACAACCCCAAGAGAACCUCCUGGCUAAAAUCAGAUGACCAGAGAAUCCAGGUCAAGAGUCAGUCAAGCUUUCAUUCUCCUGUAGUUGGAUGGGAAUGACAAAAGCAACAACUCUGAUCUAAAACAUUUUAGCGUAAAACUAUUGAAGUAACACUAUAGAAUAGAAAAUACAAUGAGACAUGCCACAUUUCUAAUAAGAAGGCAUACACCAUUUGGGACCUGAGGACGAAGACCCAUGAAUUAAACAUGUACAAUUAGCCAGGAGAUGUAAAGCAACAAAGAUUAUUGUAAGAAUCAAAUAGAAUGGAAUAUUAAUAUAUAUUCAUUAUGGUCUCAUGCAGUUUAUGAGAUUCUUUCUGAUUGAUAAUGGCAGUGGUUACCUUUUAUUGCCAAUGUUCUCAGUGUAAUAUUAGCACACCUGUUGCUAGAGCAACACUGUGUUCUUCACUUUUAUAGAAAAUUGCACAAUAAAUUUGCCUCAUAAAUGUUUCGACCAUGUCUACAGAGGAAUUAUAAAUGUCUUAUCAAACACCUAAUAUUAUUAAUAACUCCGAAAUUCGUGAGUAACUGGGUUUCCUCAGAGGAGAAAAUAUUUAAAGUGCUAGUGCAUAGAUAGGGCAACAAUGUCAAUAUCUGCCUUUUAUGCCAAAGCAUACUGUCAGUGAUCUUGCUGGUGUUGAAGCCAAACCUUAACCUUAACCUUCAUGCCACCUGCCUUGAUCAGGAGAUAACAGAUCCCUUUCAGAGAGCUUGUCUCUCUGUUUCUACGACUUUAAUAUCUCAACAAGUCGGUCGUUAAAAGGCACUGAGCGCUUUUCUAUUGCCUUUUUGGCCAUUGGACUUGGGGACUAUACUGUACUCUGUCAUUGUCUCUUUGUGAGGAUGCUGUAGCAUGAUGACUCUUUUGAAAACAUACAUGUACUCAUGGUUAGUUUCUUGCUUUUUCUUUCAUUGAUAGAUGUCCUGUAAUAAGGGGGAGCCCAGACAGUCAAACAAAGAAAAUCUCUUUCAAGUAAGUAACUAAUGGCAAAGGUGAUCUACCCAUACUAUUGGUUAGAUUUGUCAUCUGAUUGUGAAAUUCACCACAACGUUUCAUUGUUCUGGCCUGGAGACUGUGUUUUUGUAUUCAUUUUCUGGAGUCUGUGAUCAAAUAAGUCUGAAUAGAUUAGCAUGAAAGAUUUUAGUAAUUGCCAAUGGACGUAGUGAUCACUUUGAAAAAUGUAAAUCCCAGACCAUUCUCCAAACUGGAUGAUAUAAAAUGGUGUUAAGAAUUAGCCAUGUUGAGCCACCACUUUGGAUUGAGGUCACCUCUGUUAGUCAGUUGAUGAUAGCAAGAUAAAAAGAGGGUAAACAUUCAUGACUCAUGUUAUCCCACCAAUGUGUUAUUGUUGUCACUCACCUGUCAUUGCUAUGCCAUUAGCAUCUUUUGCAUGAGAUUCACAUAUAUUUAUCCUAUUAGAGGCUAAUCCUACCUUGGCUAGCCAGUCUGUCCCCUCGUAGACCUCACUGCUCCUUAACUGUGUGCAUGUUGUAGCUGUUUUCUCGUUACAGUAUGAUUUAGGUUCACAUGGACAACAAUAUUGCCUGUAAGGUUUUUUAAAUACAGUUUAAGGACAACGUGGCAUACUUUACUAUAGACUCUCACUUUCACAUGAUGACUAAUUACAGUAAUGGUGAACACACCACUCAUGUCGUCAUAACUGUAGCUUCAAGUGGAAAAUCCCUGCACCUGCUGUGCCAUGGUCAUGUGACCGUAGCCCUGGCACAAAGGGGAUAGAGUGAGGGCAAGUGGUACCCAUCAGAUGGUACUGUGGCGCUGAACCUAAUGUUAAUACAUUGUAUAGAGGUGCCUAUUGUUAAUGUCAGUUCAGUUCACUGUGAUUUAUAUAGCAAUAAUUGUGUAAUAAACAUCCAUGUUUUUAGAUGAACUUUCAAACUAAUAUUGAAACUAUUUAUGUUUCAUUUAUUACAGAAGGUGAGACGUUUUGAAACUAAAGAGUUAUAUAAUUCACACAUUUGUUAACAAUGAUUUUUGAAUGGAAGUUCCUAAGGUGUUGGCGUAUUGAUUAACCUUAUUCUCAGUCAAUGGAGGUACUCAUUACCCAUGAGUACUACUGAUUGAGUACAUUAUUGCUAUCUGUUUUGUUAUCCGCAUGCACAAACAGCAGGCAGGGGCGUACUUGGUGAUUUGGAGGCCCCAGGCAGAGGCCAGUCUGUAUUACCUUUUUAUUACCAGUCUGUAUUACCUUUUAAUGUGCCAUGAACACAACCAGUCAUGAUGUUUUCAUCUGGUUGUCAAACAAAUCACUUCAAAAAGUAUGUUACUUUCGCACGUUCAUCCCAAAAAAUUCCAGCAUCCGAACAGUGCACUGUGCACCCACCAACUUUCCUUCAAUUCGCAAGUGGCUGAAACUACUGUAUCUCACCAGAGAAAGCAUCCGAGUGAGCGAAACAGCGCCCCUCUGUCUUAUUAUAUGUAACCCAUGUAUUUGAUGCUGUCUGGACAAAAAGAGUAUGACAUGUCACUAGUGGCGCAUGGAGGGGGGCCUCAAGCGGAUAAAUUAAAAUAUAUAUAUAUAUUAUUAGUAUAAUUUUUUUCAAUUAUGCCCAGCUCACGAGGCCCCUUGAUGAAGUGAGGCCUGAGGCAAUUGCCUCUUCUGCUUAAUGGUAAAUCUGCCACUGACAGCAGGAUUUGAUCAUCCAGGUCAGAGCUACAUUUAUUGACAGGGAAAUAAUUUUCCAAAGACAAUAUGUUGUCAAUUCAACACUAUUUCAGACCGGUCUGCACUAGUUACGGUGGACAUUUGUACCAUUCAAGUCUAUGACCAUUGAAAUGCAUUGGGAUUUAUGCAAAUGUGGUUGCAGUGUGAAAAGUAUAAGUAGUGUCAAAAUGUUUUUUUCAAGCACACUGGCCAAUGGUAGUCUGGACGUUUUAAAGUUGUUUUGGUGUUUGUAGCUUUUACGGUUUUGGCUCUAGAGAUUCCAGCAGAAUAAUAAUAAUAAGUAUGAACAGUUUCUAAAGUUGUGCUUUGCUUUCAGCAAGUACACCUAAUUAGGAAAUGUGGACCACAGUAGUGUUUUUGAGGAAGUGUGAUUUCCUUCCAUUUCUCAGAAUAUUUGUGUUCACAUCUGGACAGGCCACAGUGGACCUCAGUAUCCUGAUGAAAGGGAGAUCACAUUGUAUCACUUCCUGUUCCACAGAUUAGUUGUAAUUAUGUAUUUAAAUUGACAAAUCAUACUGUAUAUUGAGUUGCAACAGAGGAAAUGGUAGCCAUUAAAAAAGGCACUAUUAAUAUUUUUCAAUAAUGAGGAAGGUUGGACGAAUGGAAUGCUGAACAGUUGCACAACAAAGUGGUCAUCAACAGACCAGGAUGUGGAUGAUAGAUAGCAUUGUUGAUUAUUAACCUGAAAAGUAGGCUACUUAGCCAAUUGAAUUUGAAAAGCCUUGCCAAACAACCUGUUGUGAUAGAAAUAGGUCGUAAAAUAAAAGUCGUUGGGAAACUGAGGGUGACUGCUGACCCACUUUUAGAGUGAUUUCAUGGACAUGGAAAUGCAUUGUACGUGUAGACCUACAUACAGGCUGCAAGGCCACAAUGUGUGUCAGGAUGAUUAUGAUAACAGAGAUAACAGGUUGAGCAGAUUUCCAUUUGGCAUCCAUCAGCACCACAGAGAUAUAUUGCGUAAUAUCAUCGGAGCAGAACCCAUCUUUAAAUGUGUCAAAUAUGAAUACUUGCAGAGUUUAAAAUUGGCUUAGUUGUUUUUAAUAGGUCUGCCACACCAAGGAUCAUUUUGGUUUCAUAUGUAAAAAUUGUCUAUGGUUGACGGGUCUCACCCGUUUUAUGGCAUGACAUCCACACAAUGGAUAGACCUAAAGAUGAUUACAGUAUGUCUCUUUUGACUAGUGGGAAAGCCAUCAAAGAUGAGUACUGAAGAAGUUCCCCAUGUUGUCAGUGAUUAUUUACUUAUCAUGUUUUCCCCAUAUGAGGUCAGUCCAAAGUGCAUACAACACGCCAUAAGCAAAUCACUACUAUAGUUUGUUUUCCUCCUAUUUGGCUUCCGACAGAAAGAGCUGAGUCACUUUGAAGUGCACACUUAGCAAAUUCCUUGCCCAACUGUCAGAGUCCACAGAUCACUGCCAGCUCAUAGCUGGUUACAGUAGAUAAGGGCACCUGUUCACAGCCGUGGGAAGUAGUGGUGCUGAUAAAUCGAAAUCCCCCCCAAAAUAUAUAUAUAUAUAUAUAAAAUCAACUUUAUCCAACCAAAUUAGUGCACUAGGCCUUUAAUAUUCCUGAAUGAGCAGAGAAAAAUACCCAUCGACAGCACCUCCACCCCAAAACAUCUUCCCGCGGCCAUGCACCUGUUGGCUACACCGUAUUUGGAUUGUACUCAAGGCUAUAUUUGUUACGAUUAGCGUUACUACUGUUUAGUACUGUAUUUACAGUGUAACAAUGGUAAUUAUUUUUAAUGUACUUAGCUACAUUAAUAUACAAUAAUAAGAACCCUUUAUUUUUAAGUAUCAACAUAUAUUUAUCUGUAAGUUAACAUACUUUUCUAAUAAAUUGUGUCAGACUGUAUAGGCCUAUCUUUUGAAUUCUAGCUAUUUCAGAGCUCUGGCCUCAGAUAAUUGCUCCUGACACCAUUUUCCUCCACAGUUGAAAAGCCCUGGUGUCUUCUUCGGUUAAGCAGCCACAAUUACUGAUUGAUGCUGUUGGCAGGCUCUGCCUCUCUCAGUACAAUUGGCCCCUUGUUUAAUUAUUCUCCUCAUGUGGAACGCAACUCACUUCUUCCCUCUCUGGUCCAAAUCUGCUUUUAAACGUACCACCAUGAUGGACAAAAAUACCUGCAAAGUCACUGACAGAGUUGGGAAUGUAAUUUGUUUGAGGUAGCCAUUUUACAGUUACCAUGACUCAAAUAUCUGGAUCUGUGUAUAAUUGAUUUAUGAAGCCGUAAGCUUGUUUCAUGUUAUGUAAGGUCAUCAUCAGCUUCCGCUGUCUAAGCUGUUCUAAUUUCAUCCUAUAGAAUUGAAUGUGUUUCUGUCCUACUAACCCCCACUUGAUGGAAAAUCACAGCUAACAAUGGACCGACCACAGGUUGGCUGCAGUCAUUUUUAGCUGAUCCUAUUAAUUGUCUUCUCUUCCGGUUAUCAUGAAAACAUUAACCGAUGACUAAGUCAUUUUACCUCAUCAUUUCUAAGGUUGGUUGUGCAAGACAGCAGUGACUGACAAUCAUGAAGUUCAUUAGGAGAAGUAAACAAGCCCAACUUUCUCUCAUUCACCUGUCUGUUUGUGUGCAUGCUAAUUGCUGUUCUACGGUGAGGGAAAAAAGUAUUUGAUCCCCUGCUGAUUUUGUACGUUUGCCUACUGACAAAGACAUGAUCAGUCUAUAAUUUUAAUGGUAGGUUUAUUUGAACAGUGAGAGACAGAAUAACAACAAAAAAAUCCAGAAAAACGCAUGUCAAAAAUGUUAUAAAUUGAUUUGCAUUUUAAUGAGGGAAAUAAGUAUUUGACCCCUCUUAGUUCUUGGUGGCAAAGCCCUUGUUGGCAAUCACAGAGGUCAGACGUUUCUUGUAGUUGGCCACCAGGUUUGCACACAUCUCAGGAGGGAUUUUGUUCCACUCCUCUUUGCAGAUCUUCUCCAAGUCAUUAAGGUUUCGAGGCUGAUGUUUGGCAACUCGAACCUUCAGCUCCCUCCACAGAUGUUCUAUGGGAUUAAGGUCUGGAGACUGGCUAGGCCACUCCAGGACCUUAAUGUGCUUCUUCUUGAGCCACUCCUUUGUUGCCUUGGCCAUGUGUUAUGGGUCAUUGUCAUGCUGGAAUACCCAUCCACAACCCAUUUUCAAUGCCCUGGCUGAGGGAAGGAGGUUCUCACCCAAGAUUUGACGGUGCAUGGCCCCGUCCAUCGUCCCUUUGAUGCGGUGAAGUUGUCCUGUCCCCUUAGCAGAAAAACACCCCCAAAGCAUACUGUUUCCACCUCCAUGUUUGAUGGUGGGGAUGGUGUUCUUGGGGUCAUAGGCAGCAUUCCUCCUCCUCCAAACACGGCGUGUUGAGUUGAUGCCAAAGAGCUCGAUUUUGGUCUCAUCUGACUACAACACUUUCACCCAGUUCUCCUCUGAAUCAUUCAGAUGUUCAUUGGCAAACUUCAGACGGCCCUGUAUAUGUGCUUUCUUGAGCAGGGGGACCUUGUGGGCGCUGCAGGAUUUCAGUCCUUCACGGCGUAGUGUGUUACCAAUUGUUUUCUUGGUGACUAUGGUCCCAGCUGCUUUGAGAUCAUUGACAAGAUCCUCCCAUGUAGUUCUGAGGUUAUUCCUCACCAUUCUCAUGAUCAUUGCAACUCCACGAGGUGAGAUCUUGCAUGGAGCCCCAGGCCCAGGGAGAUUGACAGUUAUUUUGUGUUUCUUCCAUUUGCGAAUAAUCGCACCAACUGUUGUCACCUUCUCACCAAGCUUGGUGAUGGUCUUGUAGCCCAUUCCAGCCUUGUGUAGGUCUACAAUCUUGUCCCUGACAUCCUUGGAGAGCUCUUUGGUCUUGGCCAUGGUGGAGAGUUUGGAAUCUGAUUGAUUGAUUGCUUCUGUGGACAGGUGUCUUUUAUACAGGUAACAAGCUGAGAUUAAGAGCACUCCCUUUAAGAGUGUGCUCCUAAUCUCAGCUCGUUACCUGUAUAAAAGACACCUGGGAGCCAGAAAUCUUUCUGAUUGAGAGGGGGUCAAAUACUUAUUUCCCUAAUUAAAAUGCAAAUCAAUUUAUAACAUUUUUGACAUGCGUUUUUUCUGGAUUUUGUUGUUGUUAUUCUGUCUCUCACUGUUCAAAUAAACCUACCAUUAAAAUUAUAGACUGAUCAUUUCUUUGUCAGUGGGCAAACGUACAAAAUCAGCAGGGGAUCAAAUACUUUUUUCCCUCACUGUAUGUGUCUGCAGGGUGCUGAGGCCAUGGUGCUGGAGAGUGUGAUGUUUGCCAUUCUGGCAGAGCGGGAGCUUGGGCCCAAACUCUAUGGCAUCUUUCCCCAGGGCAGACUGGAGCAGUUUGUCCCUGUAAGUGCCUCUGUAAAUAAUAAUUGAUAGGGAAAACAAAUAUUCACGACUGUGUGCGUGUCUGUGCAUGCGUGCAUGUAUGUGUGUACAGGUGUACUAUCUUUAUUUGAUCACUCUGUUGUCACAGAUAAUUUUCCUGUGCAGCAGUAAAUUCCAAUUUGUAGUGUAUUCAAGGUUUAAAAAGUUUGUACUUUCCACUUUAAAUGUCAGACUUGAUUUCCCCUAACAAAAAAUGUAGCAACCUCUACAUAAAUGUCCAUUAAUUAUAAUCAAUAGAUUGUAUUGAUUAUACUUUCUUUUUAUACAUGAAUUAUUAUCCACAAUUCCUGUAGGAUUAUUUUCCUGCUGUGAGAAACUGUUCAAAUUAAGAUAGGAAAUCUGUAGGGUCUGUUCAUGUCUGGGUGUGUUCUGUUCAACGAUGUGUGUUUAAUUUACAGUAUGUACAAAGGGAAUUAAUUUACAAUUAGUAAUUUAUCAGACGCUCUUAUCCAGAGCGAUUUACAGGAACAAUUAGGAUUAAGUGCCUUGUUCAAGGUCACAUUGACAGAUUUUUCGCUUAGUUGGAUUUGAACCAGCGACCUUUCGGUUACUUGCCCAACGCUCUUAACUGCUAGGCUACCUGCCGCCCUAACCAUACUAAACCAUACACUUUUUAAAGUGGCAAAAAUUGCUUGAAGUGAUGUAAUUUAACACUUUGUGCAAGCGAGAAUAUUCUUGGUAAAUUGAAUCCAUGCCCACAUUGUCCAGGCAUUGUCUUAACAAGAGUUCUCUUGCUAAAUUCAACCCACGCCCUAGGCUAGACAAUUUAAUCAAUUUAAAUAGGUACAGACCAUGAGUAUAGUCAUGUUCUAUCUGAAUCACCAGUUUUGCUUGUAUGAUGGAUAUCAUAAUCAAUUUUUGGAACAGCAUUAAAUAUGUUUUAGUUAUUCACUUAAAGUCCUCAGAGACCAAGAAACCACAGAGGUCAAGCAAAUGGCCUUUAAGCAGCUUCUGCUGUGAUAAGAUCUUAAACUGUUAGCGUUGACAGUGGCCAGAGUGGAGGGCAGAAGGCAAUGGAGCUGGUUAUACCCUCCAUUAUUUUUGACAACCCUGUCAGCAGUUGGUAAUGUUGUCUCUGUUUAUUGUUGCAUAAAAAGUUGUCAGCUUGAUGGGAUUUAAGACAACCUGUAUUCAGCUAAGACUUGAAGACCUGGCUUCCUUGACCUCUUUGUGUUAAUAGAGUCGCAAACUGGACACAGAUGAGCUGAGCAUGCCAAGCAUAUCUGCUGAAAUAGCUGAGAAGAUGGCCAAGUUCCAUGGUAUGAGGAUGCCUUUCAACAAGGAGCCCAAAUGGCUGUUUGGAACUAUCGACAAGUGAGUUGGUCUCUUAUUAUGCAAUUUCCAAUAGAAACUGGAAACCCUCUUUGCCUAUCCUGACCUCACUGAAAGCUCCAAACAAACAUUAGCUAUCACACAUAUCUCCCCUUAGAAAAUGGUUGCUAGUUUGCUUUUGUGGGUCAAUCCUCAAGUCACCUGGUUUGAGAAUAAUAGUGAGCCAAAGUAUGUUUCCCGAAGUAAUUUAUUUGUAGAAUAAAACAACACGCCAAUAACAGUCUUGGUGAAUGUUCUUUGCCUUCCUUUUGAUUAUGUGUUUUAUGAAUGGCCUUGGUGUACAGUAAAUUGACUUACAGUAUUUGCUUACAGUUAAAAUAGGGCAUUUACAUUGUUAAAAGGAUUAGCUUAUCAGAGUGAAAUAUCAACUUGUUGACCUGCUUCAUGGUCUAAGGAUAGUUUCAAGGUAAUCACAGAGAAAAAGUUGCUUGUCAUCACAAAUAAUGUGUCAUUUGUGUAGACAAGAAGUGCAUUAUCAUCAUCGCUGUGAUAAAAUAGUGAUAUCUGUCUUAUCUCUAAACUCUAUAACCUCUUGUAUCCCAUACGUUCCCUGACUUUCCUGAUGUUUCCCCUAUCCACAGGUACCUGAACCAGGUGAUGAGACUCACCUUCACCAGGGAGUCCCACAUUCGCAAGUUUGCCCGUCUGAGGAGCUGUAACCUGCCCCAGGAGAUGGAGAGUCUCAAGUAAAGCCCACCACACCACCCUGGUUCCUGAAUCACGUACACAACACCUUUUAGGAAUAAGCACACAGGAGCAGACAUGAUUACAUGUAUAUGCAGUAAUUCAGUUAUGGAAAAGUCAUAUGGUGUUUUACAAUAAAUUGGUGUGGAAUCCAGUCAACAACAAUAAGCAAAUAAUUCCAUACAAAGACUGUUGUCUGAGUGGUUGAAAUAUGUGCUGGAAUUUGGUAUUCUGUUUUUUGGGGGGUAAACAGUGAAUUAGUGGACAUGUAACUCCUGCUUAUUACCUGCUGAAAUAUGGCUUGCUUUUCUUUGUAGAUCUUUGUUGGACUCCACUCAUUCCCCUGUUGUUUUCUGCCACAAUGACUGUCAAGAGGGUAAGGGGUCUUAGGCAUAGUAUUACUUUGUGUAAAGCUAGUGAAGAUAAUCUUUUAAAUACAAUGUAUUGUACUGUGUGCAUGUGUGUGGUGUAAUAAUUAUUCUCUCAUCCUCUAGGAAAUGUCCUGCUCCUCAGUGGUCGUGAGGGCUCUGACGGACAGAAGCUCAUGCUGAUUGACUUUGAAUACAGCAGUUAUAACUACAGGUCGGUUCAUGCUCAGGCCCUAGUGUAUACUGUAAUCAUCCCCUUUAUUACUGUAAUCAUCUUCUUUAUUAAUGUAAUCAUCCCUUUUAUUACUGUAAUCAUCCCCUUUAUUAAUGUAAUCAUCCCUUUUAUUACUGUAAUAAUCCCCUUUAUUACUGUAAUCAUCCCCUUUAUUAAUGUAAUCAUCCCUUUAUUACUGUAAUCAUCCCCUUUAUUACUGUAAUCAUCCUCUUUAUUAAUGUAAUCAUCCCCUUAUUACUGUAAUCAUCCCCUUUAUUACUGUAAUCAUCCUCUUUAUUAAUGUAAUCAUCCCCUUUAUUACUGUAAUCAUCCUCUUUAUUAAUGUAAUCACCCCCUUUAUUACUAUAAUCAUCCCCUUUAUUAAUGUAAUCAUCCCCUUUAUUAAUGUAAUCAUCCCCUUUACUUCCGAAUCAAAGACAAAACAUGUAUACUGAAUGUACAAAAUGUACAGCAUUUCUUUGGGUUUCUGAGAGCUGAGACACAUUCCUCAGAAAAGGAGCUAGAUUCAGCAGUAAACAUUGGCCACACUGUACAGUGUGGGAGGGCUUUGUCCGUCCAAGGUGACACUGUCUCUGCAGAAUGUAAAUCUUAUGUGAUGUCUACUGCAACACAGACAGGGAUAGAAGGAAUUUACCCAGGUAGUUUGUAUUUAUCAUGUUUUUUUUCAACAUUUAAGACAAGAAUGUAGCCACACAUAUUUGAGAUCCAAAACCUCCAAUGUUUUGGCUGCCUUCAACUGUGUUUCUGAGUCUUAUGUCAUCAGGUAAACAAGCCAGCCAGACCUACCAAACAAUCCAUCCAGUCUCUUACUGCAGUUUUUCCUGUACCACUUAGUAUUUCGUUUUUUUUUGUAAAGUAUGGAAUUCAUGAGAGCCCCAUUUCUCAGAAAGGACCUUCACUGUUAUUGGCCUUGGCUCACAGCUAAGUUAGUACCGUCAAAACAGCCCACCCCCGCCGUCCUGACCCUCAGGCUCUCUCAUGGUCAUUGUACAUCACCACACGUGCUCCUCAUUCUCAAGACGGAUCAGGUUUCACUGGGCUCUCCUGUCUCCUCCCCAAAGCUUUGAUUGUAUGGGGGGCUAGGGUAAAACAUAGGGCAUGUUUAGGGAGCUGAGUGUUCAUGCUAAAGAACUGGUUAAGUCACAUGGACUUAUGUACGAAAUGACAACAGUCCAAGGAGGCCCAUAUUAGACUCACAUUUUGUUUGUUUUCCCACCGUUUUUCUUCCAAGUCGGUUUCGUUGGCAGCUAGUGUGGCUCGCUUGAAAGGGCUUGAACUGUACAGGUUUUCAGCACUGACCCAUAUUGCCACAGCCUGGGGUAGAGAAAUAUUGGAAUGGAGUUUAGCCUCCAAGUUGUUCCUUUUGUCUGGUUUCCACAGCAACUGCAAUUCCCUACACAAAGAGCUACCUAUUUUCACUCCCUUUGUGAGAACUUCUCUUCCUUUGCUAUGGGAACAUUUUACUAUAGGUCUAGUUUUCAUUUGGGCAAGCAAGGAAAGAGCCCAAGCAAUCAUAAUCCUGAAUCCAAUGUCAGUCAAAUCAAAUCUUAUUUGUCACAGGGGCCGAAUACAACAAGUGUAGACCUUACACUAAAAUGCUUACUUUACAAUCCCUUCCCAACAAUGCAGACUUAAAAGAAGAAAAUAAAAACACAAGAGAAAUAAAACACAAGAAUGAAGCUAUAUACAGGGAGUACCAGUGAUGGACUGAGCUGUCAGGGCCUGAUUAAAGCAGGGGCUGACGCCCUGGGGCCGACGCCCUGGGGCCCAAGCCCUAAGGGGGCCCUUGAGGCAGAGAAUGUACUUUUUUUUUUACUGCAACCUCCAACCACAGGAACCCACUCUCAAUGAGUGUAGAUAGUUUGCUGCCGCUCUGCUAAUCAUCAGAUGGUGGAGGAGAGGAGGAAGGGGGCCCACGUGGGGGGUAACAGAUUAAUACAAAACCAAAGCCCCGGGGCCUAUGAUUUGUUAGUCCGACCCUGUGGGCUGUCCGCACCAGCCUUUGUAGUGAAAAUAAGCGUAUAAAAUAUAUUCUGUUUUCAGGGGAUUCGACAUAGGAAACCACUUCUGUGAAUGGAUGUACGACUACACAAAUGACAAGUUCCCAUUUUUCCAUGUCAACUCAAAGAAUUAUCCCACUAAAGCCCAACAGGUGAGUAAGGAUGACAGAAUGAAGGCUUUUUGUCCUCUGAAUCUGAAUAAUAAUAAAUAAUAAUAAUAUGCCAUUUAGCAGACGCUUUUAUCCAAAGCGACUUACAGUCGUGCGUGCAUACAUUUUUGUGUAUGGGUGGUCCCGGGGAUCGAACCCACUACCUUGGCGUUACAAGCGCCGUGCUCUACCAGCUGAGCUACAGAGGACCACAUGAGUGAAUGAGUGGCUUUUUAGGCAAAAGCCAUCUAAUAACCUUGUGAUGUUUAUUUUUCAGCUGCAUUUCAUUGGACGCUACCUGUCAGAGACUGACCAGGGAUUUCAGAAUCUGAGUGCUGAAGAUCAGAUGAAACUCAAAGAGGAGCUGUUUGUGGAAGUCAACAGGUGAGGGCCCCAAGUUGAAGUGGCCAAGGCAUUCCUCUGGAAUGUGGGGCACUGUGAAAUUGCUCAUGUGUCUGACACACUAGAGUAUUUACACCUCAUGAGUAAUUUAUUUUAUUUGAGCAGAUGCUCUUAUCCAGAGCGACUUACUGUAGUGAGUGCAUACAUUUUUUGUACUGGUCCCACAUGGGAAUCGAACCCACAACCCUGGCAUUGGAAGCGCAAUGCUCUACCAACUGAGCCACACAGGACAUAUGAGGACAAGUUGACUUAGUGUUUUUUUGUCAAAUCUGAGGACACCUGUGGUUUAGUACUUAUAAUGGCCUUCUGUUGAGAGAGCAGCAGUAAAUCAUAACAAUAAUGAACCCCUAAGACUGGGCCUCUUGGUUACUGUAAAAUGCUCCCUGGGAAAUAAAACCCUGGAAUCAGUCCAGUAGUGAUGAAAUAGCAUAUUUCCAUGUGGCUGUUGCUUUGGACCAAAGGUUUGCUCAGUUCACCCAGCUGUAUGUUUAAUGGACCAUACUUUCAAUGUGCUUGUCCACUGUUUUAUUGAAACAUUUGCCUGUUGGUAAUUACACAGGUUUGCUCUGGCUUCGCACUUCUUCUGGGGUCUGUGGUCGAUGAUCCAGGCGAGAAUCUCCACCAUUGAGUUUGGGUACAUGGUGAGUGUCCAUUAUCUGGUUGUCAUGCUUUUGUUUUACGCAUUUGUAUUUGUAAUAUAAACAAAACAGCCGUUCUCCCUCCAAAAAAAAAUGUAAAUGAGAAAUGUCCCACAGGACACAGACGUCAGUUCAAUGUUUAGUUUUGAUUUACAUUUGGUUGAGUUGUCAACUAACGUGAAUUCAAGCUGAAAUCAACAACAAAAAUUCACAAUGUCAUUAAAUUUAGUUAAAAAGUUGGGUGAAAAAAAAGACUAAGUUCCCUUACGUUGAUAACUUUUUUUCAAAUCCAAUCAGUUUUCCACGUUGAUUCAACGUCAUCACAUUGAAUUUUUUGUUGAAAUGACGUGGAAACAACGUCGAUUCAACCAGUUUUUGCCCAGUGGGGUAUGUUAUAUACAGAUGUAGGAUCUUAAUUUGAUCACUCUUUUGUUGCUGAGGUUUAAAAGGAAUGUUAGACUUGAUUUGCCCUAAUGAUAAAUGUAUCAACCCCUACAUUAUUUUCCUGCUGUAGCAAACUGUCUCAAAUUAAGAUCCUACAUCUGUAAGACAGGAAAUGUAGAUGAGCUUCAUGAUUUACAUACAUUCACUGAAAACCUGCACUAACACACGGUUAUAUUGUGACGAGUACUGAGGAUACGAAGAGGCAGGACGCAGACGCUGGAAUCAACAAGGUAAAGGUUUACUUAACAAUGAGAAAGAGAAUAACAAAGAGCGAGUAAACGACACAACGCUAACAAUUACACACAACAAUGACUGAGCAGUCCAGGGCUAUAUAGUGGUGGUGAUGAGAUGAUGAGGUGCAGGUGCGCUGGAGGUGAUUAGGGUGCGUUGGGUUUCCAUUCCUGUGUUGCCGAGGUGGUGCACUCAGACCAGUGGCUCAGUAGACCGGCGAAUCAGAGCGCCGGAGGGGAGCAACGGGAGGAGACGUGACGCGCGGCUCCCACCGCAGGACGUCACCGGCCAUUAGGACGAGGACGAGGAGCGGGCCGGUCAGGGCGGCGACGGUGGAAGUCCCGAAUUAGGUUGGGGUCCAGAACGUCCCCAGCCGGAACCCAGCUCCGCUCCUCAGGGCCAUACCCCUCCCAGUCCACCAGGAAACGGAGCCGUCCCCCAUGGAACCUGGAGUCCAGCAGGUUCCUCACAGCAUACGCCGGACUCCCAUCAAUGUCCAGGGGCGGAGGAACCAGGAACCACUGGCCUGAGGAGAGACACAUGAAAAGUAGGUGAGACACGGUAGUGAGGGGGAAGGAGCAGCCGGUACGACACCUCAUUAAUCUGCCGGAGGACCUUAAACGGCCCCACAAACCGUGGGCUCAGUUUCUUGCAGGGCAGAGAAGGAGGUUUCGAGUGGACAGCCAGACACGAUCACCAGGCUGGAAUACGGGAGCCUCACUGCGGUGGCGGUCGGCUUGGUCCUUCUGCCGACGAAUGGCCCUCUGGAGACGGACAUGGGCGGCGUCCCAGACCUGUCCGGCCCUGCGGAACCACUCAUCGACAGUGGGCGCAUCGGUCUGGCUGGGUGUCCAAGGGGCCAUGGCCGGCUGGUACCCCAGGACGAAUUGGAAGGGAGUGAGCCCCGUGGAGGAGUGAACGAGGGAGUUCUGGGCAUAUUCUGCCCAGGGAAGAAACCUUGCCCACUCACCCUGUCGGACCUGACAAUGACAACAAAGAAACCUCCCCAGCUCCUGGUUCAUGCGCUCCACCUGCCCAUUCGACUGAGGCCUAUACCCGGAAGUGAGGCUGGCCGUGGCCCCGAUCUUCUCCAGGAAAGCCUUCCACACUCGGGAGGUGAAUCGGGAGCCACGGUCCGAGGCGAUGUCCUCCGGAAGUCCAUAGUGCUGGAAGACCUCUUGGAACAGGACCUCAGCGCCCUGGAGAGCAGAAGGAAGACCAGUUAGUGGCAAAAAACUGCAUGAUUUUGAGAACCGAUCUACGACCACCAUGACUGUGGUGAAGCUGUCAGAACGUGGGAGGUGUGACCAAGGUCGCUGAGACACUGGUAGAGGAACUUGUUUGCCUACCGGGGCAUUCCGAGGUGUCUUCGUUUGGGCACAUACGGAACAUGAGUUGACAUAGCGAGGAAGAUCAGUAGCCAAGGUGGGCCACCAGUAUUUUUGUGAUAUAGAAUGCAGGGUGCACGUAAUACCGGAGUGCCCUGCCGUAAGGGUGGUGUGCGCUCAGAUCAGCAGGCGGACACGGACACUGGUGGGUACAUACACGCGCCCCGGGGGGGUGUUGGCAGGCGCUGGGUCCUCCUGAGCCGCCAGGCGAAUGUCUUCAUCCACAUCCCAAAUGACAGGUGCAACGAUGAGAGACGGGGGCAGGAUAGGACCCCCCAGAUCCUUCCUUUCUCUGGUAUGGUGCAUCCUGGAGAGUGCGUCGGCUUUCACAUUCUGGGAUCCUGGGCGGUAGGACAGAAUGAACUGAAAGCGAGUAAGAAAUUGGGCCCACCUGGCUUGACGAGAGUUCCUCCAUUUCACUGCCCGUAUAUGCUCCAAAUUCCGGUGGUCAGUAAGAAUCCGGAAUGGAUGGACUGCGCCCUCCAGCCAGUGUCUCCAUUCCUCCAGAGCGAGGACAAUCGCCAACAGCUCCCUGUCUCCAACUCCAUAGUUCCUCUCUGUAGCGGUAAGCUUUUUAGAGAAAAAGACACAGGGAUACAUUUUAUCUGGCUUACCUUGCCGCUGGGAGAGGACCGCACCCACGCCCUCCUCAGAUGCGUCCACCUCCAGGAUGAAAGGACAAGAUGGAUCUGGGUGUUUUAGGAUGGGCGCUGUGGUGAACCUCUCCUUCAGCCUCUUGAAGGCAGUGUCAGCCUCAGGGUUCCAGGCCAGCUUCUGACGCCCACCCUUAAGGAGAGAGGUGAGCGGGGCGGAUAUGGAGCUGAAGGACCUGAUGAAACGCCGGUAGAAAUUGGCGUAGCCCAGGAAGCUCUUUAGGCCCUUGAUGGUGGUGGGGACUGGCCAUGACCUGACGGCGUCCGUCUUCUCUCUUUCCAUGAACACCCCCUGAGGACUGAUCCUGUAUCCCAGGAAGGAGAUGGCCUGUUGGUGGAUUUCGCAUUUCUCCCCCUUCACCAACAGGCUGUGUUCCCGGAGGCGGAGUAUGACAGCUCUGACGUCCCUGACGUGCUCCUCGAACGUAGCCGAGUGUAUCAGGAUAUCGUCGAUGUACACCACCACCUGUCUACUCAGCAUGUCUCAGAACACGUCAUUGACGAAGGACUGGAACACAGAAGGUGCAUUGUCGAGGCCAUAGUGCAUGACGCAGUAUUCAUAGUGGCCUGAGGUAGUGCUGAAUGCCGUCUUCCACUCGUCUCCUUCCCGGAUUUGGAUCAGGUUGUAGGCACUCCUCAGGUCCAACUUGGUAAAGUACCGGGCCCCUCGUAGCUGUUCGAACCAGAGGGAGGGGGUACCAGUACUUGGUGGUGACUGCGUUCAGCCCCCUGUAGUCAAUGCACGGCCUCAGUCCUCCGUCUUAUUUGGCCACGAAGAAGAAGCUGGCGGAGGCAGGAGAGGUAGAGUGUCUGAUGAACCCCUGUUUCAGGGUCUCCGCCACAUACUUCUCCAUGGCCUCAGUCUCCGCCAUGGAAAGGGGGUAAAUGCGACUCUUCGGGGGGUGUUGUCCCUCCAGCAGGUCAAUGGUGCAGUCCCAAGGCCUGUGAGGAGGGUUACACCUAGCCUUUGAUGAAGAGAAGACAUCGGAGAGAUCUGCAUACUCACGUGGAAUGUUGGGCUGGAGGGCGGACUCCGGACUCUCCACUGACGUGGAACAACCAAAGACCGGCAGGCAGGUCUUCCGGCAUGAGGUGGACCAGGCUGUGAUCCUCUUGGUGAUCCAAUUGAUGGUGGGGUUGUGUAGUCUGAGCCAGGGCAAUCCCAAGACGAUCCGGUGAAGGGGUGACGUGACGAUGUGGAAUGACAGCUCCUCGUGGUGCUCUGGUAGUGUGGGAAUGGUGAUGGUGAUGGGGAGAGUGACGUGCGUAAUGGUGCCUGAUCCAAUCGGUUUAUUGUCCAGUGAGGUGACAUGUAGCGGAGAUGGCAGUGGCACUGUGGGCAACCCCCAUUCAGAGACCAGCUCCCUAUCUAUAAGGUUCCCCGCUGAUCCGGAAUCUAUCAUUGCAGUGGAAAUGGAAGAGAAGGAAUAACCAGUCACCGUUAUGAUUUUGUGAUGGGAGAUGACGUAACACUCACGGAGCGACAACGGGAGUCAUACCACCUAGAGUGGGAGCCGCCAGGUGAUCUGUGGUCCGUGGUAGUGUAGGGGGUGCUGCCCACCUCCAUGGGUGAGGACUCGGAGACAGGGCAGCUUCUAUAGCUCAGAUGGGGUGAGCGUUGAGGCUCCGGGAGGUGUUGGGAACACCGUCUGUCUCUCAACAUGUCGUCAAGACGGAUGGACGUGGCGAUAAGGGUAUCAAUGUCCAUCUCGUCAUCCCGACAUGCGAGUUCCGUCUUGAUGUCCUCCCGUAAGCCUCUCCUGAAGGCAGUGUGCAGAGCACGCUCAUUCCAGCCGGAAGACGCCGCCACCGUGUGAAAGCUCAGAGCGUACUCAGACGCAGGCCCCUCUCCCUGUUGUAGCUGGAGGAGACUCUCUCCCCCGUCCUUUCCCUCCGUGGGAUGAUCAAACACCGCCCUGAACCAAGCGAGGAAGUUGGAGUAGGGAAGCGCCGCGGCCUCACCUCCUUCCCAGACUGCCGUGGCCCAAUCCAGCGCCUUUCCUUUAAGUAGCGAAAUCACCAGCGCUAUCCUGGCUUGGUCAGAUGGAUAUGCGCCAGAUAAAGUGAAACCUGUAGCAAGAAGCUGCUACAUUUAGUAGUUUUACCGUCAUAGCGCUCCGGUACGGUGAGGGGUCCCUCAGAAGUUGGUGAUAGCACGGGAACAGGUGGAUUGGGGGCACUCGCCGCUCCCUGAAGUGGAACCGGAGCGCUGGGCAGAUUAUGCAGAGUUUGGAGCACUUCCUGCAUGGCGGCGUUCAACUGGGCAAGCUGCUGCUGGUGCUGGUCGAGGCGCUGGGAAACUCCAGGAGGAUUACCUGCUGCAUCUAUUUUCGUAAGGGUGUGUAAUUCUGUGAUGAGUACUGAGGAUACGAAGAGGCAGGACACAGACGCUGGAAUCAACAAGGUAAAGGUUUACUUAACAAUGAGAAAGAGAAUAACAAAGAGCGAGUAAACAACACGACGCUAACAAUUACACACAACAAUGACUGAGCAGUCCAGGGCUAUAUAGUGGUGGUGAUGAGAUGAUGAGGUGCAGGUGCUCUGGAGGUGAUUAGGGUGCGUUGGGUUUCCAUUCCUGUGUUGCCGAGGUGGUGCACUCAGACCGGUGGCUCAGGAGACAUUACAUAUAUUAACAGUAUUGCACUUUUCAUAUAUUCUACUUUUGUCCAGCUAAUAGCCUAACCACCGAUAUGCCACAUUAUGGACUAAAUGUUUUAUUUUACUAUGACAGUACUGGUCAAAGGUCAGUGAGUUCCUUGCCAUGUUUGGUCUCACAGACUACUCUGAAACUAUACACAAGUAUUUGCCAUGGUCAGGGCAACCUGAUAACUGAGAACCACUGGCCAUGGUCAGGGCAACCUGAUAACUGAGAACCACUGGGAAUGUGUCUGACAGUGAUUAUCGCUGUUAUAUUUCCUUUCAAUGCUGAAAUAUGUAUACCUUUUCUCUCUCUUUAUCUAUUGUAUGAAAUCCAUUCUGUGCAAAGGUUCCAAUAUUUUUCUUUCCUCUGUCUGUCCACAGGAGUAUGCCAUGGCCAGGUUUGAUGCAUACUUUGAGCAGAAGCGGAGCCUGGGUGUCUAAGCGAGGGACCACAUAUAGUAACAAGGAGGUGGAAGAUAAAUGGAUUAACAGCGCUUUAGCUGAAAUGAAUGCAAACAGGGUGUAGGACCAUGCUUAAUGGGGACCCCCUGCAUUGGGAAUGUAAUGCUCACUAUAGUCAUUAUUGCAUGGACCAAAGUGAAACCAUGAAUAUUUGGUUUGGUGUUGAAUUAUGCGCCAUGCAUUGCUGCUCAGUGUUUACACAAUAUUAAGCUCCUAAUAUUACAUAUGCUCACAGGGUCAAGAUUGUUCUUGGCUUCUCUUUUCUUCAAAGAAAUAUCAGAAAGAUUAAGACGGGAUAAAAAUCUUCAUUCUGAAAGGAGGUCUGAGUUACAUUUCUGGGAAGUCCAUUCCUGUUUGGAAAUGUUCUGGGAUAGUGGAAAAAACAGAAGUCUCAAUGACCCUUGCUAAUUGGAAAGCCACUAAUCUGUGACCCAACAGUGAUAAGCCAAAUGGCCAUGUUGACUCAGUGUCUCAACUUCAAUUGAUUAUGUUUGGUUCUUUGCAUCCAUGCUCAGUUUUCCUCCAUUCUUUAUCAACUCACGUUCAAAUGACGACAUAUACUCAGUGGCCAGUUUAUUAGGUCACCACCCCGUUCCUCCAUUCUCUAAAAUGACUUGUAUAUGAAAAUAUCUGGAACCGCCAAUGAGAUGGGAGCAUCUCUGGCCAACAGCAUUUUUUCCCACCUGCAGUACUGUGAAUAUAAUGUGCAAAAUGUGACCUGAAACCCAGUAGUAAUGGUAACCUCACAACUCUACUCUGUACUUACUCUUACUUUACACAGUCCCCAGAAAUGGUUUCAGCUCUGAAUAUGUCAUUGAACCAGUAUUGAUAUUCAAGCAGAUAUAUUCAUAAUGAACACAUUGGAUAAUACAUUGGAAAGUAAGGAAAUACCAAGCAGCAAAGCUCUUAGCUUAAACUAAACAGACAAACAAAAUAGAUGCUUACUGUGUUAUUCAGCUGGGUUAAGCAGUUGUAGAUAAGGUUGUGAGAAGAACUGUUAACAAGGUGUUACAAAAAUCCUCAUGUAGAGGUGUUGAAUGUUUAUAAUGAUAUCUUUAGAAUAUGUUUGGGGACUGGAAAUAUUUACUUGACUUUUUUCCAAUUCAUAACCAAACUGUGAUAAUUAUUGAUGUUUUAUAAACAAAUUUGUAUUCUGUAUUUUAUCAUUAUAUUUGUUUUAUGUACAAAUGUUUAUUUAAUCUUGUUACAAUGUUAUUUUGACAAUUAUGAGCCUUCACUUUGAAAUGUCAUUGUUACGUACAAUGUCAGUGGCACUUUUUUUUUCGUUCACCAGACACUUCUUCCUAAUGCUUGAGCGCAAUUAGCCUAGGGAUGAGGUUAGUGGCACUUUCCUGACCAGUUUAUUUUUUAAGAUAAACUUUUUAUAUUUUUUCCUCAAAUGGAAUGAGUAAUUUUCAUAAUAAGAAAGUUGUCUCUUUCCUUUUUGAAAUAUGUGUCACUCCUGUUUUCUCCACAUCUACUACAGUAUUGUGUGAUCAACUACAUUCCAUUCUCAUGUAUAUUUGUAUAUACAUUACAUCUCUCUAUCAUGCUAUAUUAUCAGUUUGAGACAAAAUAAGAAUUGAUCCAACUGUUUUCAAAUAUAAUUGUAAUUGACAGUGUCACAUUCAAAUUUCUGAGUAUAUCCUUGGUGUAUUUCAUGUCUUGCCAUCCAAUACAGUGAUCAAAUAAAAUGUACAUGUAAUUGAUUAUCAAACAUGGUAAGAAGGAGCUCCUCGACAUUACACUGAAUAUUGUUGAUAAUGUAUAUUGUAGACUUAUGGAUAAUUUAAUUGAAUGUCCAAUUUGUCUAUGCUGUGAAAGGAUCCCAACUACUCUAUUUUGUGAGUGCAAACAUUUAGCCUUGCUAACCUAUACAGCUAUGCAGAUACUCUAAAAGGAGAAAAUAUGUACUGUAUAAAAUAGUAAGGGUAAAGUGCUUUGUAAAAGUACCACUAUGGCAAGUACAUACAUUUACUGUACCUUCAACUACAUUGCAUAAAUACUACAACAAAGAGAAAA